UAAGAUGGGGCCAGCCGGCGGCUAUUUGACAAGAACACAAGUGUGGAUUGAUCCAAAGAGAACACUGCCGUGGCUGGCUGGCUGGCUGCUCUUCAACCUCACAAGGUCGCGCGAUUAUCUUCGAUUCAAAGUUGAUUGGAUUUUCCAGUUGAGGUAGGAUGCCUCCGUACGCCGUCGUCGCAACCGUGCUCCUUGCCUUGUGCUAUGCCGUUGUCAGGAAGGCCCGAGGCCGCAGCAGCAAGCUCCCGCCCUCCCCGCCGUCACUCCCGCUGAUCAGCCACCUCCACCUCCUGGGCCGCCUCCCGCACCGCUCCCUCCGCGAGCUGCACCUCCGCUACGGCACCGACGGCGGCCUCCUGUUCCUGCAGCUCGGGCGCAGGCCAACGCUGGUGGUGUCCACGGCGGCGGCGGCGGCGGACCUGUACAGGAACCACGACCUCGCCUUCGCCUCCCGCGUGCCCAACGCGGCGGUGGACAAGCUCUCCUUCGGCCCCGACAAGAACAUCUCCUUCGCGCCCUACGGCGACGCCUGGCGCCGACGCAAGAAGAUGGCCGUGGUCCACCUACUGUCCCCGCGCCGCGCCGACUCGUUCGGCCCCGUGCGCGCCGCCGAGGCAGCUGCCCUCGUCGCGGGAGCCCGCCGCGCCGCUGAGGAGGGUGAGGCCGUGGAGCUAAGGGAUCUCUUGUACAGCUACAGCAACGCGGUGGUCACCCGCGCGGCCGCUCGUACAGCAGGGGCAACGGUAGAGAAGAUGAAGCAGCUUAUGGGGAACACCACGGCGCUCAUGUCGGGGCUCCAGGCGGAGGACGUGCUUCCCGACGUGGCAGCGAAGGUCAUCAGGUGGGCGACGGGGCUCGAGAAGAGACUAGACGGCAGGGUCGAAGCGUGGCAUAAGUUCCUAAACGAGAUAAUCGCAGAGCAUCUUGAGAAGAAGUGUGCCUACGGCGCAUGGGAAGAGGAGGACUUCUUGGACGUCUUGCUGCGCCUGAGGGAAGAAGGAACCGCCGGACUGGAACUCACCGACGAUCACAUCAAAAGCCUCGUCAAGGACAUGAUCUUCGCUGGAACUGAGACAACCUCUAUCACGCUGGAAUGGGCCAUGGCGGAGCUCAUCGGAAACCCGCGGGCAAUGGCCAAGCUGCAGGACGAGGUGGCGCGAGUCUCCAACGGCAAGCCGACCAUCGAGGAGGACGACCUGAGCAGGAUGGAGUAUCUCAAGGCCGUGCUGAAGGAGGCGCUCCGGCUCCACCCGCCGGCGCCGCUCCUUGUCCCGCACGAGUCGACGACUGCGGCGGUCGUCCAGGGAUACGAAAUCCCGUCGAAGACCGCGCUCUUCAUCAACGCGUGGGCGAUCGGGCGGGACCCGGCGGCGUGGGGCGACGCGGCAGAAGAGUUCCGGCCAGAGCGGUUCCUCGAAGGCGGCGGCGUGACGGGCAUCGACCUGCGGGGGAACGACUACCAGCUCCUCCCUUUUGGCGCCGGCCGACGGAUUUGCCCCGCCAUAAGCUUCGCGCUUCCAGCGCUGGAGAUCGCGCUCGCUAGCCUCGUCGGCCACUUCGAUUGGAAGCUCCCCAUCGGAACACGUCUGGACAUGAGCGAGGCGCCGGGGCUGACCACGCCGCCGCUAGCUCCGCUGCGCCUCCUCCCCAAGUGGAAGACACUUGUUUAGGUAGUGCCUAGGGCUAGGGAUGAAACGGAAGUGCGAGUGCUUGAACCUACGCUGCUCCCUAUUUGAUCUAAGCUUUCAGAUACGCCAGGAGUACCGGAUAAUGAUGGAUUAUAUGCUACAAGUAUCUCUACAUCCGCACAUUGUAAUAAGGUGUUCGCUAUCUCCCAAAAAAGGCUUGACACAUAUUCUCAAA